AUGUAUAAAGAAGAAGCAAUUCCAUUAAUCACAUAUGAUGCUUAAAAUAGAACCUACCAUUUGGCAGAUGAGGCGGCAAAAAUGAUUAGAUCUAUAAAUAAUCCCAUUGCAAUUAUCUCAGUAGCAGGUUUGUACAGAACAGGGAAAUCAUACCUAUUGAACAGAAUAGUGCUCAAUCGCGGCGAUGGUUUCGGAGUUGGACCAACAGUAAAUCCAUGCACAAAAGGAAUGUGGGUUUGGGGGACACCUAUUACAGUGGGAAAGACUUCAAUUUUGAUAGUAGACUCAGAAGGUACAGGAGCCUUGAAUGACUCAGAUGUCAAUCAUGACACAAGGAUAUUUGCUCUUGCUGUUUUAUUGGCUUCCUCAUUUGUUUAUAAUUCAGUUGGAGCUAUAGAUGAAGGAGCAUUGGAAUCAUUGAGUUUUGUGGUCAAUUUAACAAAAUUCAUAUAAUUGAGAUCGAAUGAAGAGCCAGACUCUGAGGAGUAUGGAGAAUUUAUGCCUCAAUUCUUUUGGGUGUUGAGAGAUUUUUCAUUGCAAUUAUUGGAUAACAAUGGAGACACACUGACAAGUCAUCAGUAUUUGGAGAGAUCCUUAAAGGAAUAACCAGGAUUUUGUGAUAGAGUAGAGGAAAAGAACAGAAUAAGAAGAUUAUUGAGAACCUUCUUUCCUGAAAGAGAGUGUUUUACAUUGGUAAGACCAGUGAAUCAUGAGAGUCAAUUACAGUCACUUUAACAUUUGGAUCUCAAAUAAUUGAGACCAGAAUUUUAUGAGUAAGCAAUAUCUUUGAGGAAGAUGUUGUUUUCUAAAGUGAAACCUAAGUAAUUUAAAGGCAAAACUCUGACAGGGGGGAUGUAUGUCAAUUUGAUUGAAUCUUAUUUACAAGCCAUGAAUAGUGGAUGUGUAGCCUCAAUUGAGAGUUCAUGGACAUAUGUAUUUAGAGAAGAAUGUAGAAAAUUAUAAGCAGAGGCAUUCGAUAUAUAUGAAAAGCAAAUUAAAGAAACAUUGCUUUCUAAGCUCCCAACCACUCUUGAGGAUGUUAAGACUUUGAAUAAAUUAUGUAAGACCAAGGCAAUUGCUCAUAUGGGGAAUAAUGCUGAAAUAACUCCAUAUGUUAAUGAGUUGAAACAAAAGAUGAAGGGCAAAUUUGAAAAUCUUUUGGCCUUUAAUGAAACUGAAUCUGUGGCUUUGUGCAAGUAGUAUUUGGUUACACAGUUUGCUCCUAUUGAUUAAAAAUUAAAAAUGUCAGAAUAUAAAACGUAUUCUGAAUUUGAAAAGGAUUUAAAAUUGUUCAAUAUCUUCUUGGAAGAACAUGGUCCUAAGGUUGUUAGAAGAAAGCAAAUGUUUGUGGAAUUCAUACAGAAGAUGACAAAUGAAGGAGCUACAUUCUUUGUUUAAAAUACUUUAUAGGAUUUUGAAGGUUAUAAGAAGUUUUCAGAAGAAUAAAUCAAUAAAUUACAAAACGGGUUUAACACUCUAAAAUAAGAUUCACAAAAAUAAGUAGAGUAACAAAAUUAACAAAUCAAAUAAUUGAAUUAAUAGAAUGCUGACAUUAAUCAAAAAUAUAAAACAUAAUGUGAAGAGUUGGAAAAAUUGAAAUAAAAAAACAGUUAAACUAUUCAAUAGAUGAAAACACAAUUUGAGAAUGAAUACAAUAAAUUGUAGAGUAGUUUUGAUGAAUUAAAAUAGAAAUGUUAGGUAGCUGAAGAAGAAUUAAAAAAUUCAGAGAGAGAAUAAUUUAUUUUGUAAAGUGAAUCUAAGAAGAAGGAAGCCUUGUUGGAAUAGAAAAUAUCACACUUAUAAAAAUUGAAUGAUGAAUUCAACAAAAAGGAGAAACAAUAUGAUUCUUCUUUGAUGACUUCCAAGAGUGAAUUCUCUGUUAAAUUGAGAGAGUUGACCACAUCUUAUGAACAAACUUUGAGUGAAGUAAGAGCUUAGAACUUGUAAUUAAAUGAAAAGUUAUAGGAGACUUCAGAUUAAUUGAUGCAAUUGGAAAUCAAAUAUGAAAAUUAUUACUAAGUUCAAACUCACAAGGAGGAGAGUCAAAGCAAUGCUAUUAAGAAAUUAAUGCAAUCUUAAUAAACCUUACAAGAACAAAUUAAUAUCGAAAUCACAAAGAACAAACAACUGCAGGAUGAAUUGUUAUAAACUCAAAUGCAAGUAGAAUCUAAUGAAGUGGGUGAACAAUACAAAUAGUAAGUUAAGUAAUUGGAAAUCAAAUUAUAAGAACAAAAGUAAAUAUAAUUAAAGAGUGAUGCAGUCUUGAAUCAAUAGAUUUAAUUCUUGUAGAUGGAAUUAGAAGAAAAGAAAAAUACUAUUAAUGAUGUCAAAAAAUCACAUGAGUCAGCAAUGUUAGCAUUGGAGUAAUCACAAAAUACCUAGAAUCAAUAAUAAUUGAAUAAAUCUAUCAUUGAUUUGAAGGAAUAACAUAUGAUUGAAAUUAGACAAGCAGAGUAAAAUUCUUAAUAGUUAAGAAAACAAUUACAACAAUAAUUGGAUCAAUUGUAAGGAGAAUUACAAGAAGCAGAAAUGAGAGGAGAUGUGUUCUUAUAAGAAAAGAAUAAAUUGUAAGAAGAAUUAAGUGAAAGCUAUUAGGUUUAAGAUGAAUUGAAAUAGAAGAUCUAACAAUAAUAGAAGGAGAUGGAAUCAAAUAAGUAUACUCAAUUCAGAGAGAAAGAAUUGAGAAUGAAUUAAAGGAUUAAAUAAUUAGAAGAGGAAUUAAGUUAAUGCAAAUAACAACUCUAAAAUAUGGGUAAUCUAGACAAGAAUAGUAUAGAGUAAUAAGUGAAUGAAUUAAGAAAUUAUUAUGAAAUGGAGAAGGAUGUUUUGGAGAGAAGAAUACAUGAAGAAAGAUAGAAGGCUGAUUAGAAAUAUUAAAUAUUAUUUGAAGAAUAAGAGUAGAAGAUGAGGGAUGAACAAUAAUAAUAUGAAGAAGAGAUAGAGACAUUGAAAGAUGAAUUGAGAGAUUUGGAAAUCAAUUUGACUACUUAAUAAUAAUAAUAUGAUAAUGAAAUAGAAUUAAAGAAUAAACAACUUAAUUCUAUGGAGAAUAUCUUGAAUGAAACAAAAGAAUAAUUAGUCUAAUUACAAAAUACAUUCUAAACUUAAGUUGAAUAAAGAAUUAACAAUCUAAAUGUAACUAUCCAAUCAUUGGAAAGUCAAUUAACUAAUUAAUAAUAGAACAAUCAAUAAUUAGUUAAGGAGAAUCAAUUAAUGACUUAGAAAGUUGAAAACCUGGAUGUCAAACUCUAAUAAAAAUUAAGUGAGUUCAAACAAUUGAAGGAAGACUAAGAAAAGGAGAAGACUUAAUUAUAAGAGACAUUACAAGAUUUGAGAAGAAAAUACACAGCAACUUGUGAUGAAUAUUUAGAGAAGAAGAUUAAUUAUGAGAAGGCUAUAGCAUUGAGUGCCUAACAAAAUGAAUUUUUUGCCAAGAAGGUAGAAGAAUUGGAAAGACAGUUGGAGAGUUGCAAUCUUAAAUAUGAAGAGAGAAUCAAGAUCUAGAAGUAGGAAUGGACUUAAGAAUUAUCAGAUAGAUUAUCAAAAUUAAAUGAAGAAAAGCAAUUGAUUGAAUCUAAAAGUACAUAGCUUAAAAAACAAUUGAGAGAAAAAGAAACUUAGUUUUUGAAGGCACAAUAAGACUUAGAGAAAGAAACUGCUUUGUCAACAGAAAAGAUUGUAUAUUUAGAAUAGAAAUUAAGAGAACAUGAAUAACAAACAUCUUCAGAGAAUAGUAAUGCUGCUAUGUAAUUGAAAUAAUUAAGAGAGUAAUUUAGUUUACUAAAAUAUAAAUCAUCUUCAGAUAUCGAAUAAUUAAAAUCGUAAUUGACUAAUCUCGAAUUUGAGAAGUAAGAAUUAUAGGCCAAUUAUGAGAAAGAUAAGAUUUUAUGGUAAGGUAAAACAUAAUUCUUGGAAUCAUAAAGAGAAUCAUUGAAAUAAGAAUUAGCUGAUGCUAUGAGGAAGUUUGAAACAACAAUUCAAACAUUGUAAAGAUAGAGAAGUCUGGAGAGAAAUGAUCAUAAUCAAGAUAUCACAGAAAUGUUGAAUUAGAUUGAGAGAAAGUAUUAAGAUUAAGUGAAAGAUAUUUAACAAUAACAUUAAAAGAAAUGUGAUGAUUAUUAAGAAAGAAUUGAGAGAUUGGAAAAAGAACUUAAGUAAUCUUAAAGUAAAGAAUUGCUGGAUUAAUAAUCAAAGAUUGGAUAACAAUUUGAGAGAAAGACAGCAGAAUUGUUGGAGAAUGAAAAGAGACUAUUAAGUACAAUUGAAGAAUUGAAAUAGGAAAGAGAUCAACGAAUACUUGAACAUCAUGAAGAAGUGGAAUAAGAGAAGGAGUAUUGGAGAAAUAAAAUCAAUGAAUUAGAAGAAAGAUAGAGAGAAUCAGAUAAAAAAUAAUCAUAACUUAUCUUUUAUCAUGAAAAGGAAAGAGCUAAAUGGAGUUAAGAAAAGGAUUAUAUUAUGUAAUAGAAGAUGGAAUUGUAAGAUUAAUUAUCCAGAUUGGAGAAAAAGAAAGAAUUAUUACUCAAAGAAAAUGAGAAAAUGAAGAAUUCUUCAAAGAGUCUCAGAAAAUAUAAUCCUAAUCAGACUCUUAAUAAUAGUUAUUUAAACAAAUAAGCAAGUGAUAAGAAGAUACCUUCAUAGGAAGUAGUUAAUAUGAGUUAUGAUGUUACUAAAUCAUUGGAGGAUAAGGAUCCAAGUGCAAAGGAGAACCUAUCUACAUCAACCACUUUUGGUAGUUUCAAAAAGUAUUAUUAAAUGAUGAACUCUAAAUAAGUCAGUCCAAGUAAAACUAAAGAAAUUUCAGAUAUUUGA